GUGUUCUUCUGAUUCUGUCAGUGCCGGAGAGGCUGGUAUCCUUCGCAGAGGAGCUCUACCCCAGCUGGACCCCCCGGAGCUUCGUCUCCAUGGUAACAACGAGCAGGGCCCUCCCCAUGGUCCCGGCAAGACUUCCUGACUGGAUGCAGACGCAGACGCCGACUCCAAGCCAGGAUCGCACCAUUCUAGCCAGAACAACCGUUGGGCCAAGUCCUGGAGACCAACUCCUUGGAACCAGGAUCAAGCAACAUGGGUCAAACUCUGCUGGACCCCAGUCUAACAGAACCAGCUCUGGUUCUGUCUUCACACCAUCCCAGGUCCAGAACUCCAGCACCAACUCUGCAAAACUGCCCAGUAAGCCUUUGCCUAUAAGCAAGGGGCCAGGGACGGAUCACGCUGGGGUGGUCAGCGGAAAGCAGACAGGAGUUACUGGUUCAGACUCUGCUAGCUCUGCUCUCUCAGGGACUGGCAAUGAUGUGGCCCCUUUGGCUAGGGGGCCCCAGAGCACAGAGUCUACCCAGCAAGGGGCCCCAACUAAAAGAGGGGACACCUUGCGCCAGGGGCAGGCAGGCGGGGAGCGUCAUGCUAUCACGCUGCGCAAUGCGCCCCCACUUACCGCAGGCCCCACGCUCCUUACUACUGCGGACAUCCCACUCGUGACCCAGCCUGGGCCCUCACAUCCUAGUCUGGCUUCAAAUUUGGCCACAGCCACCCCCAGUUCUGAAACAAAGACCAAGACAUCCCCCUCCUCUCCUUCCAACAUGGUUGCUGGCACGUCUGGCAGUGCAACAAAGACCGUAGGGGGCACUCAAGCACCAACCAACAUGUCCACUGACACUGACUCUUUCUCCCCACGGGGUAAUGCAAGAGGCUCCUUUAAUGGCAGUGAAGGUGCUUCAGGGAACGUUCAGCCGCCCCAAAAUGACUUAAACGCCUCUGAGUCGACCUCCACGGCUAAAGGGGACUUCCAGAACAGUGUGGUUCCUGGCACUGCACGAGGGCCCCUGGGCACAGGGAACCAGUCAGGCCCCACUGUGGACCCUUCCGAAGCCCGCACCACCAUCUGCCUGGGCAAGAUGGAUAUCAUAUGGGUGGUGUUGGCCAUCAGCGUGCCUGUGUCUUCUUGCUCCGUGCUGCUGACGGUGUGCUGCAUGAGGAAGAAGAAGAAGUCAGCCAGCCAGGAGAACAACCUGAGCUACUGGAACAACGCCAUCACCAUGGACUACUUCAGCCGCCACGCUGUGGAGCUCCCGCGCGAGAUACAGCCGCUGGAAACUGCUGAUGAGCAGGAGACGUGUCUGCCCCCGAACGGUGAUUACAGCGACAGCGGCGUCGUGCUGGUUAACCCUUUCUGCCAAGAGACUCUCUUCAUCAACAGAGACAAGGCCUCCGACAUCUGAGCAUCUUUAAACAGAGCCGGAAUCUCUCUGGCCUCUCGCCUGUCUCCUCUCUCCUUCUCAAAGGUGUUUUUUUAUAAUGUGGUGGACCUUCAGAGACUGCGCUUUAUAUAUGAUAUAUAUAUAUAUAUAGAAACCGGUUUUAAAGAGAUGAAUGAAUAAGACAAAAGCACUCUACCGUGAGGGUGAGCCCUUCACAUAUUUUUCUGAUGUACAUUUUCUACAGAUGCUUAAUUGUGAUAAGGGUUUUUAUGUCUUUUUGAAUCAAAAUGGUAUGUGUGUGGUUUCCGUGGCGUUCAAGUGGCUUCGGCGGAGAGUGGAACGUAGAGAAACGCGAUGUGUGCUGUUAAAAGAUGUUUGCGUGAUCUUACCCAAAACACUUAACCUGAUUACUUAAAGGAACAGUUAGGCGAAAGAUAGAGUUUACUCAGUUUUCCCCUUAUUACAGAUGUAGUCGAUCAGAGAAGACAUGUUUUGAGGUCUGAAUUUACCCUGAUGGCAAGAGGGUAGUGGACCACUGUUGGCUCGCGUUUUCUGGCCGGCCCACCAGUGGUUAAGCAGAGUAUUAGACAAAAUUCCACUUAUCGCUCAUUUUCUACUCAUAGUCCAGUUUACUUUACCAGCUUUCUUUAGUUAUACAUUGUAAAUUAGUUUAGUAAAUCAUUUUAAUCAGUGAAAUCAUUUUAACAGUGUCAGCAACAACAUUUUCUAUAAAAUCAUUUCACCUCAGGCCUAGUCAUUAUUUUUCUCUUAGUUGUUUGUAAUAUUUGUCUUAGGUUAUUUAUCUAAAAUGAAAAGCUCUGUGAAUUUAAAUCUGUUUAAGGAGAUUAAAAACUAGGUAGAGUUUAUAUGCAGUACAGUAAUCUGGGCGGUCCGAAGGUGGACCAGCAGGGGCAAAUAGCCAGCGGGGUGCCGACCUUAUCAAGCCAGUGGACCGAUAUAUGCUCGCUGUCUGGGUAGCUUCUUUAGCUUUAGCUAACUGCAGCUACAAGGCUAAUAUAGCCAAAUAGUAAAGGAAGCUUAUACCCCUCUAAUUAGCAUAUUGCACAUCGCAUCCCUAAAUGCUUAUAUAGGCGUGUAGGGGUGGGCAAUAUUGCAGAAAUAUAGCAUCACAAUACUUGAAGACAAUUUCACGAUACACGAUAUGUAUCACAAUAUUUAGUUUUUCUAAGAAGAGAAACAAAAACAUUUAAAAAUACUACGAAAAAUUAUAAACACAGUGAUUUCUGUUCAUUGUUUCACACUGUAGAUUGUACUAAAUACAUUUGAACAGGACUAAUUAUGCUCUCCUAUGAUGAAUUAUAGAUAACAGUGUGUCACAGAGUGUCAAAAACUACAUAGGCAUGAAUUUAAAGCUCAAAUCCGACCCGACCCUGAAUGCAUGUGCUAACAGGGGUAGAUUAUCACAGUGCUUACUUUUGAUAUUAAGUGCUUUAGUUAAACUCCAUGUUGUCAUAUGUUACACAUGUAAAAUGCAAAAACAGUAUUUAUUAGUGUUAUCUGUAUGUGUUUGUGGAGUUGCUGCUUGUACCCGGCAGAGAACAGCGUCCACCCUCCUCUGUUAGUCCUGUUGUGCUAAAGUUCCUCUUGCUACUGCUGCUACUGCAGAAAUGCUUAAAAGGGGAAUUCCACUGAUUAUUCAAAAUUUCUGUAUAAUUCCGUCAUUGAGAUGUGAACAAAGUAGUGAAUCGAUUCAUUAUAGAGAAACUUGUCAAUUGCUAUUUUAUUUACUAUAAACAAUAAACUUGAACUUCACUACGUGAAACCGAGUCCGAAGCUUUGGAGUCGACUCUCGAUUCCCAAAUUCCUGGAAGACAGGUUGAUUCUUCAUGGGACUGACUCCUAGCCCUUCUUCCAUUACUUGUUAGCUACAUUAGCCUCGUAGCUCCAGUGCAAAACUAAAGAAGCAAACAUGUCUAGACUGAUCAUCUACAUUUGGACCCAGGGGAUAUUCGUGUACAUUAGAUUUUGCGUCAAACUGUUCCUUUAAAAACUUAAGCCUGCCGAACUUGAAUUCCGUGUCUGUGGGGAUGCGAAGGUAGAUGGUAGAUGGUUUCGUGGACGGGUUCAGAGGGGUUACCAAAGUAGCUCUUGUCUUACAGUCGGAAGAGCCUUCCGACUCUAGGCCAGUCGAAGUCGUUUAGUCUGGAGGUGUCGUGAAGUAGAGAGAUUUUGAGACGGCUUUUCCCUUAAGAGUCACCAGCGCAGGGACUAAAUGGAAAUGUUUCUAGUCCCGUAGUUAAGCUGUUGCACACAGCGCUCUGUGUUUCUGUGUCUGACCGCAUGUCUCAUCUCUGGUUUCUCAUGUGUGUGUUCGUACGUCCGCGUGUGUGUACGUGUGUUAGAUUAGGGGUCAGUUUAAAUGUUACAAAAUCUCUUAAUUAUGCUUGAAAUACUUAAAUCUUGCGAAUCGAAACACAGCAUCUGGAUGCCAAUGUUGGAAAUGUCCCCUACAAAGCCCUGUGUUUUUCUGUUCACGUUACAAUGUUUGCUUGCUUGGUUGAGCCUGCAUUUAAAGCUGUUUUUAACCUGCCCUCGCUGACUUCACCUCACGGGUCAGAGGUCUACAGAUCAAGUGACCACAACACCAUUUGCGAAACAAGAGAAGGCGGAUUGUUCAGUAGGAAUGCAUUCGACUUGGCUGAACUCUAGAAAUCUCUGUAAUGCAGAUUGCUAUUUGUGGAGUCUGAGUGUAAUGUACAUAAACUUGGGCCUGGUCCCAUUUCUUAUUUUCACCCCUACCCCUUGUUUUCGAGUGCCUCCUUGCCCCUUAGAACUGAGUUAUAAGGGGUAGUGGUUGAAAUCUUCCCUCUGAAAUGG